GAAUAAUAAUAGCAAAUUGGAUUAAGCAACCCUCCCUAACGCGUGUUGUCUUCCCAUUCCCCUUUAAAGCUUCCCCCACCACCACCCCCUCCUCCCCCCUCCACCAUCACCACCACCACCACCCUCUGAUCAGAGCCGGGAGCCCCCACCACCUCCAUAAUCGAAAGCAGCCACCCGCACCACAGUUUUAUUCAAUGGAUUCCUCCAUUUUGAUUUCCUCCCACACCCUGCUUCUCAAUUCCCUCUCUGCUUCUCGUCGAUGAACCUUUUUUUUUUUCGUGAAGAUUAAGACUGUUGUUCAGUUCCUGCAAGGUGUUAAUUCGUCGUCUGCUUCGUCUUCUCUGCCGCGAUCCGAUUCUUGGUUGCUUCGAAUCAUCGCGAGAAUAAUUUGAUUUCGGAUCAGUCGAGUCAUGGCGUCAUCCGUGAUCUCGAAUCCUGUGGCGAACUCCGACAGAUCGCGAGACUUGAAGAGGAAAAAGAAGAAGAUAAAAAGCCAAAUCAAGGACCAACACAACAACCACAGCAACGGCAAUAACCGCGCCAGAUGGAAAUCCGAAACCGAGCAACAAAUCUACUCCUCCAAGCUCCUCCAGGCUCUGCGCCAGGUCCGCCUAAGCCCUUCUCCCUCCGCCCCCCGCCGCGGCCGCGCCGUGCGCGAAGCCGCCGAUCAAGCCCUCGCCGUCGCCGCCAAAGGAAGGACGCUGUGGAGCCGCGCCAUCCUCACUAACCGAAUCAAGCUCAAGUUCAUGAAGCACAAGAGGCCGAGAGCGCCGGCGCCGCGUAACCUCCCCUCCAGGAAGCCGAAAGUGAGCAUUCUAAGGUUCAAGGGGAAGAAUUUGCCAGCGGUGCAGAGAAAAGCGCGCGUUCUCGGCCGGUUGGUCCCCGGCUGCCGGAAAGAACCCUUGCCGGUCAUUCUAGAAGAAGCUACCGACUACAUAGCCGCUCUGGAGAUGCAGAUUAGAGCCAUGUCUGCUCUCGCCGAGCUCCUUUCGGACUCCGGCUCCGGCGCCGGCCCUUCCACACCUACGUGCUGACUGUAUUUCCAGAUAUUACAGUGUUGAUGAUCCUUGAGGUUCUUAAUUAGAAUGAAUGGACUGACGAUGCAACCAUCCCUGUUUGAUUUCGUGACUUGAAAUGGCAGAACAAGCAGUGAAGAAGAAGAAGCAGCAGCAUUGUCGCAGUUAGCAGCAUUAAUUUGGCAGCUUCGUCGAGGGUCCAGCCUUUUCCCUGAACCAUUUUGGGUAAAAAUUCAUUGGGAUGAUCCAUCAAAGGGCUCUGCCCAAUCUGUCCCAAAAAGAUUUCCCAAAAAAAAGGGGUGUGCAGGGAUUUUGGUACAAUUUUUUUUUUUUUUGGUAUGGCUAUGUCUUUGCAGCGGCUAGCUACUUAAUGGCUCAUGGUUGGAUCCCCUGGUUCAUAAGGUUGUAUGCAUCAUUCAAUAAUAUUUUUACUUCAAAACUCCA